GUUACUUUCAAGCUGAAGGCAGUCACUGCAUUGUAACUAUUGCAGGCGAUUGAAUGGCUGCCUCGUCCAAAGAGUGCACAUUCUGUUUUGCUGUAAUUAAUUUUACGUUAGUUGGUGAUUUGGGCGUGAAAUAUUCUGUGCCUCGUAUAAUUUGGAUUAUUCAAAUCACCGCAAUAGCAAUAGCAAUAGCAAUACAAGAAAUUUUGAAAUGGAAAAAAGCGCGGACGGAUUAUUGUUUCGCGCAGAGAGAAAUAAUGGAGCUAACGAAGCAACAUUGGGCAUGGCGUGUGUCGAUGAAAAAGUGGCCAUUCUGGAUGCAGGGGCACAAUAUGGUAAAGUGAUAGAUCGAAAAAUUCGUGAAUUAAAUGUGCACAGUGAAAUUCUGCCCCUGGAUACAUCUGCAUUCACUCUCCAAGAAAAGGGUUAUAAAGCUAUCAUAAUUUCUGGAGGGCCAAGUUCAGUAUAUGCAGAAGAUGCACCUAAAUAUGAUGCAGACAUCUUCAGAAUAGGAAUUCCAGUACUAGGUAUUUGUUAUGGAAUGCAAAUGAUGAAUAAAGAAUUUGGUGGUACAGUAAUAAGUAAAGAAGGCAGAGAAGAUGGUCAGUUUCCCAUUGAAAUAGACUCCAAGUGCCUAUUAUUUAAGGGCUUGGAGAAAGAGCAAAUGGUACUGUUAACACAUGGAGACAGUAUAGAUAGGGUGGCUGAUAGCUUUCAUAUCACUGGGAGAUCAUCAAACUUUAUAGCAGGAAUAGCAAGUGAUAAAAUGAAUUUGUAUGGAGUACAAUUUCAUCCAGAAGUAGAUCUUACACCUAAUGGAAAAACAAUGUUACACAAUUUUUUGUUUGGUAUUGCUGGCCUCACUGGUAAUUAUACGCUGCGCGGUCGGGAGGCACAGUGUAUCCAGUAUAUCAAAGAUACAGUUGGCAACAAAAAAGUUUUGUUAUUAGUGAGUGGCGGUGUGGAUUCUACGGUAUGUGCAGCAUUAUUACAUAAAGCUUUAAAUAAGGAACAAGUCAUAGCUUUGCAUAUCAAUAAUGGCUUUAUGCGGAAAGGAGAGACACAAUUUGUGGAACAAAGUUUAGCACAAUUGGGAAUUCGAUUAAGAGUCGUCAAUGCCGGUCGCUGCUUCAUGCAAGGGACUACAUCAGUACCCUUGGAUAACGUUACUCCAGUAACCAAUGCAAAUACUAUAAACAACAAAGGAAUAUGUGGAACAGCAACUAGCCCAAGAACUAGAUUAACUAAAAUGUUGUGUGCGACAACCAACCCAGAAGAGAAACGAAAAAUCAUAGGAGAUGUUUUUGUGAGAGUAGCCAAUGAAGCAAUGGCAGAGAUGGGUUUGAAGCCAGAAGAAGUGUUUCUUGGACAAGGCACUCUCAGGCCUGACCUUAUAGAAAGUGCGAGUGCAUUAGCUAGUGGUAAAGCAGAUGCGAUAAAAACGCAUCACAAUGACAGUGAACUCGUUAGAGCACUAAGAGCACAAGGUCAUAUAGUAGAACCUUUAAAAGAUUUUCAUAAGGAUGAAGUAAGACAAUUAGGAUGUGAUCUUGGAUUACCAGCAUCAUUAGUUGCUCGUCAUCCGUAUCCCGGUCCCGGACUUGCUGUACGCAUUCUAUGUGCAGAUGAACCUUAUAUGGAUAAGGAUUUUUCAGAAACACAGGUGAUAGUUAAAAUAAUGGCCGAAUACGAACAAAUGCUGCAAAAGAAACACGGAUUACUAAAUCGUGUAGAAGGUGCGACUAGUGAAUCUGAACGCCAAUAUUUACGACAGCUUUCAAGUUACCGACAUAUUUCUGCAACACUCUUGCCUAUACGCAGUGUAGGAGUACAGGGAGAUCGAAGAAGUUACAGCUAUGUAGUAGGGUUAUCUAGCGAAGAAAAUUUGUCCGAGGGUAUAGAUUGGAAGGAUCUAUUGUUCCUCGCAAAACUAAUUCCGCGAGUAUGUCAUAAUGUAAAUCGUGUGUGCUUCAUUUUUGGUCCUCACCUACAUCAUUCUGUAACGGAUAUCACACCAACUCAUCUUACAUCGAAUGUGAUAGCUACGCUUCGACAAGCAGAUCACGUAGCAAACUUAGUAUUAGCUACUAAUGGUUGUAUGGGAGCAAUCAGUCAAAUGCCAGUAGUUUUAAUUCCCAUACAUUUCGAUCGCGACGCUGCUUCUCGAAUACCCUCAUGCCAACGUUCAGUUGUUCUUAGGCCAUUCGUUACUAAUGAUUUUAUGACUGGCACACCAGCUAUUCCUGGGAAGGAAUUGCCAUUACAUGUGGUGAAGAAAUUGGUGACCGAAAUAUCUUCAAUACCCGGUAUCUCGCGUGUUUUAUACGACUUAACAUCUAAACCGCCAGGAACUACCGAAUGGGAGUAGUAAACGCUCAUCUCUAACUCACCCCUUUCUAUUUUUUCACCUUCCCAGCGCGUAACAACUACAAAGUAAAAAAUAUAUUUAAAAAUAUAUAUAUAUAUAUAUUACAAAAAUA